AUGUCUGACAAUGAACUGUGUUCGGCUGAUGGCAGCGGUGGGUUUCCGAUCGAAAAUCGUUUCUCAAGACUGACUACCAUUCGUGACAUGAUGCCACUACAGCUGAUCCGUCGUUUGUCGUUUAGACAUCGUAGGCAUCACGAGAACGCGGAGAGGAGCACCACCGCUACAAUGCGUAAAGCGUCUUCAUGUAAAGGGCUUGGACGCGGCGGAGAGAAGGGGGUGGGGCAUGUGGAGGAUAAACCCCGCCUACCUGACGAUUUGCUCCUACGCAUUGUCGACCAAUGCGAUGCCAUUGAGCAAUUCCGUCUGAGAGCUGUCAACAAAGCGGUGAAGAAUCAUGUCGACAAGACGAUCAAGAAGAUAACCCAUCUGAUUGUCGAGAAACGCGACAUCGACACGGCGUCCGGUAGAGGUUGGUCACGUCAUCGACAUGCUCAAGUGUCGCUGAAGAUGCGUCACAAUACUGCAAAAAUCGUAGUCGAUUCGAGGUGGACUGCACGUGAUGUGUCUACCGUGGUGGCCGCGAUGAGCGUCUACCGCAAAACGAUACUCGAGGCCACGAUCGAUGCGCCGAUCGCUGAAUUGCUGGUCGUCUCGUUAUCAGCUCUUGAUUUAAAUCGAUGGUACGCUUUCCAAUGCUUUAUGAAGGCUAUGGAUGUAUUUGACGAGGACAUGCACAUGGACUGCGAUUUUGUGAACCUCGGACAGGUUUACUGGCCCAAUAUUCAAAAUCUCACCGUCCGCACCACCGAACAGCAAGCGCCACACUUGGCCAGAGUAAUCGACUACGGUGUGCAGUGCAAUUGGGUGUUGGAUCGUAGAAAUCUCUGUCGACUAAGAAUUAUUUUCACUGAUUUGGCCGCCACUCCUUCUCGUAAGGUCUCACGGCAUCUCUACCACUUCAGGUGCUGGGCAGGUUCAGCUGGCUUUGACCACCGCUAUGAACAGCAGUUUGGCGCUGCCAAAGCGCAGAGCGUCAUGAUCUAG